AUGUCUCUGUCUGUGGAUUUGACGGCCCCGAACGGGCGACAAUAUACACAGCCCACCGGACUGUUCAUCGACAAUGAAUUUGUCAAGUCUGUUUCUGGUGCCGAAAUAACGUCGAUCAACCCCUCUGACGAUACAAUAAUCACGAAAGUCUACGCCGCCGGGACAGACGAUGUGGAUUUGGCUGUCAGAGCCGCGAGGAGAGCAUUGAAAGAUCCUACAUGGCGUGAUCUAUCGCCUACGGAUCGCGGGGAGCUGCUGAACAAAUUAGCGGAUCUGAUCGACAAGCAUCGAGAAGUUCUAGCAACCAUUGAAACCUGGGAUAAUGGAAAGCCUUAUCUAUCAGCUCUCAACGGAGACAUCGACGAAGUCGUCCUAACGUUUCGAUACUACGCCGGCUGGGCAGACAAAAUGUUUGGGCAGACUAUCAGCACUACACACGCCAAAUUCGCAUAUACCCUCCGUCAGCCAAUAGGAGUGGUGGGCCAGAUCAUUCCGUGGAAUUAUCCACUUGGAAUGGCGUCAUGGAAACUUGCCCCAGCGUUGGCAUGUGGAAAUACAGUAGUCCUGAAGGCUGCGGAGCAGACACCGUUGAGCAUUCUCUAUUUUGCCAACUUAAUCAAGUCAGCCGGUUUCCCUCCAGGAGUGGUGAACCUGCUCAAUGGUCGCGGAAGUGAAUGUGGCGCUGCCCUUGUGCAACACCCUGAUGUUGAUAAAAUCGCGUCUACCGGGUCAACGGCGACGGGCCGGGAAAUCAUGCGACAGGCAGCACUCACAAUGAAAAACGUGACAUUGGAAACGGGCGGCAAAUCGCCUCUUCUGGUUUUCGACGAUGCCGAUAUUGAGCAAGCGGCCAAGUGGGCACAUCGUGGCGUCAUGUCUAAUCAGGGACAGAUCUGCUGUGCUACGUCCCUCGUUCUUGUCCAUGAGCGAAUUGCCCCGGAGUUUCUGAAGUUACUUAAAGAUGAGGUCGCUAAUAUCAGCAAGGUCGUUGACCCGUUCGCUGAAUCUACCUUUCAGGGGCCCCAGGUAAGUAAAGAGCAACAUGAGCUGGUUCUCUCAUACGUGAUGAGUGGUGAAGCAGAAGGGGCCACGUUGGCGGCCGGCGGCCGGCCAUACGAUGUCAACGGCAAGGGGUUCUUUAUUGCUCCAACAAUAUUUACCGAUGUGACGCCGAGCAUGCGAAUCUACCGUGAAGAGAUAUUUGGUCCGUGUGUGGUGAUCCUCCCGUUCAGAACCGAGGCCGAAGCCAUUGAGAUGGCGAAUGACAGUAUGUAUGGACUCGGUGCAGGCAUUUUUACGCGGGAUAUUGGGCGUGCACAUCGUUUGGCGGAAGAGUUGGAAUCCGGGAUGGUGUGGAUCAAUAGUGGUCCUAGUAGCGAUCCUAGGAUUCCUUUUGGGGGCGUGAAGCAGAGUGGAAUUGGUAGGGAGCUGGGAGAGGCUGGAUUGGAGGCCUAUUCCCAGAUCAAGGCAGUUCAUGUGAACAUGGGAACUCGCUUGUAA